CAUUUUUUCGCAAACUCACUGCUCUGUCUGACUACAUUGUUGCUACUUCAGCUUCCCCCCUUUCUCUAUGAUUUUCAUACUCCAAAACUGAUAAAAUCUGCAAAAGAAACAAGGUUGAAUGAAAUGAUGUCAAGAAAAAACAUAGCAAACGCAGUAGGCGGAAAGACCGCAAGAGCCUGCGACAGCUGCGUCCGUAAACGAGCACGAUGGUACUGCGCCGCAGAUGAUGCUUUCCUCUGCCAAUCAUGCGACACCACUGUUCAUUCCGCUAACCCUUUAGCCCGUCGCCACCAACGCCUUCGUCUAAACGCCUCCAAUUCAUCACCCCUUAAUUCCCCAUCUUGGGUUUCCGGUUUCACCCGCAAACCCCGCACCCCACGCCCCCGCCCAAAAUCCAACGACCUCAUCCACGUGUCUGUCGUACCAGAGACAGACGACGCCACUUCCCACGAAAACGAACAUCUAGAGGAUCAAUUGUUGUAUAGAGUGCCGAAUUUGGACGUGAAUGUAUCUGACUUUGGUGGGGAUGUGGAGAGGAAUUUGGAGAGAGAGUGGUUUGAUAUAGAGGAGGAGUUGGGUUUGGUUAAAGUGGAGGAGGAUUGUUGGAGAAUCGGGGAGGGGUUUGAUAGUGAUCAGGUUGAUUUCUUUAUGGAUUUUGAGGAGAUUAAGAUGCCUCCUCUUGUAGUUGGUGUUAAAAAUGAAAGACAUGAAGAUGAAGGUGAUGAAUCUGGAAUAACCGACAAGAACAAAAGAAGAGUAUUGAGUUUACGAUUGGAUUGUGAAGCUGUGAUUGCGGCUUGGGGUAAUCUUCAGUCUCCUUGGACAAAUGGACAACGCCCUGAUUUUGAUCCUGACCAACCUUGGCCCAACUCCAUGGAUCUAUGUGAAGUGAGGUACGGGCAGAGGUGUGGGGAAUAUGGGUUUCGGACGGCGGCAAUUGGUGACGGAGGGAGGGAGGCACGUGUGUCACGGUACAGGGAGAAGCGGCGGACGAGGUUGUUUUCCAAGAAAAUAAGGUAUGAAGUAAGGAAAUUGAAUGCAGAGAAGAGGCCCAGAAUGAAAGGGAGGUUUGUGAAGAGAACUCCUUUUGCUCCACAACCAACUCUUCCUAUUAUUACUAUUAAUUGAAACCCUAAGUCGUUCCAAAGUCUUCAAUCAAACUUCAUUCCAUGUACAUUACCAAAUUAAUAUAUACUAAUCUCUUCUCCCUACUCCUAAUCCCAAAUAAGUUUUAUCUUACUUUAACUUGUAUAAGCUUUUUGAAAAAGCUUAUAACAUCAAAUAGUUCUCUUGUAUUAUAUCUAAUCUUCGUAUCUUUUAAUUC